AUGCCCAUUGGCUUACAAGCAAUAGAACAAGAGAACUCGGAAUUGUCUCAAUUCUACGACCAUUCCUUCACAGUCCACGAGACAUCAGAGAUAUCUGCACCUGGCACACUAUUGGGUGAUUCCACCAUGGACAGUGGUCAAUGGACUGCAAGCAUAGAUACCUCCAUUGCGACAAAUGAUGAGAGAGAAACCUCAGCUGUGCGGCCAUACAUUCAGGGCAGCGUCACGAAUCUGCAAGAUAUACCUAAUACAGUGUAUUUGAACUCUAUUGUACCACAAACUAUGACGAUCAACCUCAUCGUUGCCAUCAUAGAUAUCCGGCCUCCUCGCCGUAUUGUGACGAGACAGUGGAAAAGAGAGCAAGAUCUGGUUGAAGUGGUGGUAGGAGAUGAGACGAGAACGGGGUUUGCGGUUACUUUUUGGCUCCCUCCGUCGGACAACAAGGUGGUCACUGCUCGCGGAUGCGGCGAUGGGGCUGGGGAAGAGCUACGAGCGUCGUUGAUGCAACUACGACCACGAGAUAUUGUUCUGCUACGCACGGUGGGACUGGGCUGCUUCCGGGACCGGGUGUAUGGGCAGAGCUUGCGGAAAGGACUCACCAAAAUCGACCUGCUGCAUCGCCAACAAGUUGACGCAACUGACACAGGCGGGAUUUACAAAUUGCGGGACAUUCUUAACCAUGUUGCCAAGGACGAUGAUCUGCCGUUGGUGAAGGUGCGCAAGGUACACGAGUGGAUCAGACGAUUCGUCCCGGAAGCAGCAGGCGGUAGUAACAGGAAACGUCGAAGGAUUGCGACUUUGCCUCCUGAUUCUCAGGACGGAAUGUUAUAA